CGGAGGGACCGUAGGGGCACUGUGUCUGGGAAGGGGCGGGGCUUAUGGCCAGGCGGAGCCAAUACCCCGCCCACUUUGGUAAGACGAGUCAUUUCCGUCCGCGGAGAAACAGAGGCAGCCGCCGGCCGAGUUGCGAGCAGAGCGCCUCCGGCAGGCCCUCCCUGGUCGGAAGCGGCGAGUGAGCCAAGCGGCGGGCAAGAGCCGGCUCCCAGGAUGGCCAAGAUGGAGGCCCAGGGCCGCCUGUGGCUGGAGAGCCCCCCUGGGGGAGCGCCUCCCAUAUUCCUGCCCUUGGGUGGGCAAGCCCUGGUGCUGGGCCGGGGACCCUUGACGCAGGUUACCGACCGGAAGUGCUCCAGAAACCAAGUGGAGCUGGUCGCUGACCCUGAGACUCGGACGGUGGCAGUGAAACAGCUGGGAGUUAACCCCUCAACUGCCGGGACUCAGGAGCUGAGAACAGGGUUGGAGGGUUCUCUGGGGGUGGGGGACACGCUGUAUUUGGUCAAUGGCCUCCACCCGCUGACCCUGCGCUGGGAAGAGGCUCGCACGCCAGAAUCCCAGCCAGACACUCCACCAGGCACCCCUCCUGUGGCCCCGGAGGAGGAGGAGGAGGAUGAACAGCAGAAAAAACGGAUAAGGAAGUCAUCCCCUGGCUGGGAGAGCUUCCAGAAGCUGCUAGUGUUCACGGCACCUGGUGUGAAGCCCCAGGGCAAGGUGGCUGGUUUUGAUCUGGAUGGGACCCUCGUCACCACACGUUCUGGGAAGGUCUUUCCCACUGGCCCCAGUGACUGGAGGAUCUUGUACCGAGAGAUUCCGCAGAAGCUCUGGGAACUGGCCGCCGAGGGUUACAAGCUGGUGAUCUUCACCAACCAGAUGGGCAUUGGGCGCGGGAAGCUGCCAGCAGAGGAGUUCAAGUCCAAGGUGGAGGCUGUGGUGGAGAAGCUGGGGGUCCCCUUUCAGGUCCUGGUGGCCACGCACGCAGGCUUGUACCGGAAGCCGGUGAUCGGCAUGUGGGACCACCUGCAGGAGCAGGCCAACGAGGGCGUGCCCAUCUCCAUCGGGGACAGCGUCUUUGUGGGAGAUGCAGCUGGACGCCCAGCCAACUGGGCCCCUGGGCGCAAGAAGAAAGACUUCUCUUGCGCUGACCGCCUGUUUGCCCUCAACCUGGGCCUGCCCUUCGCCACGCCAGAGGAGUUCUUUCUGAAAUGGCCCAUGGCCCGCUUCGAGCUCCCAGCCUUUGACCCGAGGACCGUCUCCUGCUCUGGGCCUCUCUGCCUCCCUGAGUCCAGCUCCCUUUUAAGCUCAGACCCCGAGGUGGUUGUCGCCGUGGGAUUCCCUGGGGCUGGGAAGUCCACCUUCCUCCAGGAGCAUCUCGUGUCGGCCGGAUACGUCCAUGUGAACAGGGACACACUGGGCUCGUGGCAGCGCUGCGUGACCACGUGCGAAGCGGCUCUGAAGCAAAGGAAACGGGUCGUGAUUGACAACACGAACCCGGACGUCCAGAGCCGGGCCAGGUACCAGGAUCCCAGGGGAGGCCUCUGUAGGGUGGGCCCUGGGCCCUUUGCCAGCCCCCCACUUCCUCGGCCCCCACAGGUACAUCAAGUGUGCCCGAGACGCAGGCGUCCCCUGCCGCUGCUUCCUCUUCAGCGCCACCCUGGAGCAGGCGCGCCACAACAACCGGUUCCGGGACAUGACGGACUCCUCUCACAUCCCCGUGACCGACAUCGUCAUUUACGGCUACAGGAAGCAGCUCGAGGCCCCCACGCUGGCCGAAGGCUUCGCCGCCGUCCUGGAGAUCCCGUUCCGGCUCCACGUGGCGCCGCAGCUCGAGCGGCUGUACCGCCAGUUCUCAGAGGGCUGAGCUGACGCCCACCCCGCCACCUGCUCUCCACCCCACAAUAAAUGCUGUUUUUCUUCAUG